AUGGAGGAUUCCAGUAAUGUGUAAAUUCACGAAGAAGAAAUUAAGAUUAAUGACUCACCUAAAAGACUAAUCAAGGUUAAAUCAAUUGAUGGCUCUGUGUUAGAGAUUCAAGUUGAUCCAAAUAUUACAAUAGCUGACCUAAGAAAAGUCAUCUAAACUCAAACCCAGGUGGCUCCUGAUAGACAGAGACUUAUAUAUAAGGCUAAGCUUUUAGUAGAUGAAGCUUAACUGUCAAUUAAGGAAGAUGGAGAGACUAUUCACAUGGUGAAAAAGCCAGAACCUCAACCAGGAGAAUCGUAAUAGUAAACUUUGCCCACAGGAAACUAAACAAAUGCAGCUUAGUAAAAUCAACUAUAAUAGCAAUAGCCGAAUGGAUAGGCUAAUCCAUUUGAGAAUCUUCUUAAUAACAUUCUUGGCAACGUUGGCGGAUUAUUUGGUGGAAUGAAUAUGCAGCAAUAAAACCCUGCAGCAGCCGGGUAGGGAGCAGAUAACACUCAAAAUGCCUCUUAGUAAUAGUAGCAAAACUAGCCUGGUGCAAGAGUUCAACAGAUCUAAUUUGUAGGUAAUCCAAUAGGAUUUCCAUUUGGGAUGCCUUUUGGUCAGCAACCACCUAUUAUUCAACCACAUGUUCAUCAUUAACACCCUCAUCAACAUGCUCAUCCCCAUCAUCACCACCAUCAUCAUCAUUAACAAUAACCAGCAUAAUAGCAAUAGUAAAACUAACAAUAGUAACCACCUGCUUAAGAAUAAUAAAACAGACCAGGUCCAGCUCUUAUUCAACUACCACAUUAGAAUGUGUUCUAGAUUGGUAUGAUUUGCAAUCAAAUGAUGGGCAGAGAUUCAUAAUUCCCAGGACCAUUGAUGCCAUAGUUACCAUUUGAGAGAAAUAUGGUGGUCAUGCUAGGUUCAUAUUUGAACAAUUUAGCUUUUAAUGCUCAGAGAUUAUUGCCAUACAUGCAAAGAUGUGGCGAUCUACUUUAAAGAGAAAGUUUAUUAACUAAUCCUAGAGAUAGAAACCUCACUUAAGAAAUGGCUCACAAUAUUGGAAGAGCGCUGGAAGAGUUAGCAAGAUCCACUGCAUCUGUAGCCCAUUUCUAUAGAGACCUAUCAAUUGGAGAAGCCCCUGGUCAAUUCAGAGUAGAAUCUAAUAACUUUGCACCUGAAUUUUUACCAAUUAUUCAAUAAGCAGGCACUAUUCAAAGACUUCCACAGUCAGCUGUAAUUCAUUCAACAAUUAACAUUCAACAACAGCCAAUGCCGAAUCCAUAAUAGUAGUAAGUCCAAAUAAAUAACUAGUUCCUUGAUUAAAUGAGAGGACUCCAAGACAGAAUGAAUGAUACUUAACAACAAUAACAAUAGCAGUAAAAUAGCACUGACUAAAAUUUGAAUCAAUAGUCACAAAACUAAAUUGAUGCUUUCAUUUAAAUGGCUUAGCCAUUAGUGGGUAAUGUUUUGCAAAACAUGGAUUUGAAUGAACCUAUCAGUAGCUAUGUAGGAGAGGAAGGAAUUCCUGAGUCAAUAUUCUUGGACUUAACAAGUCAGCUAUCUUUAACUGAAAUGCUAGCAAUAAUGUAAGGUAACUUCGGAGUAAUUCAAGGUAUGAAUCAAAAAUUAAAAGACGCCUUAAUGAGAUAAAUGAGAAAUAUCGAUACUCCUGAAAAUAGAAAAACUUUGGCAAACAGAGAGGGAGAUAAAUUCAAGACUUUCUUAACAAUCCCGAAUGAAAUCAGAGAGCAUGUUCACGAGGGCUUCGAUCCAAUUCUAGUAUCAGGAGAAAUAGUAGAUACUCAUUUCAUUAAGGUUCUUAAUUCAAUUCUAGAUUUUGACAACAAAAACCAAUCAGAUGCAGAGUUCAUUGAGUUUAUGAAGGAUGUGCUUUCAGACUUAGUAGGAGAAUGGAUUGAAGAACUUCAAGAUGGAUUUGUUGAUGGAAUGUCUGAUGUAGUUGUAUUCUAUAGAGAGAAUUUCAGAGUAUUGCUUGAAGCAGGAGCUGGUCCAGAGAUGGGCUCAAUGGUCAGCUCUCUUGGUGUUGGCACUGUUAUGAGAUAUAUCACAUUAGCUCAUUAGAGAUACAAUGAGAACAAGUAAAAAAGAGCAGCACAAAAAGCCUAAUAAACAUAAUCACAACAUCAAUAGAGAGAGGAUGUUAAAAUGGAAGAAGUUGAAGAAGAGAAGCAAGAGACUGUUGAGUAAAAGAAAGAGAGAUUCUUGAAGAAGUAUUAAGAUCAAAUUAAUUAAGAUGUUGAGAAUAUGAAGAACCUACCUGCUCAAAGACCAUUGAGCAAGGCUUAUCUAUCAUUGUGCUAAAUCAAUAAGCCAUAGACUAACGAAUCAGACAACUAAGGAUACCUCAUAGAUAAAAAUCAGAAGGGUUUGACUCAAUAAUAAUACUUAAGAGCUCAAAUUAGAAAAAAUUUGAUUGAAUCAGGUUAUCCCUCAGCCAAAGUUGAUGAAGUACUUCAAGAAGUAAAGGAACUUCCAGAAAGUCUUGUGAAGUCUUACUUCGGUAUGCUGCACAGAGAAAUCAAGGAUAGACUAAAUGAAGAUUCAGAUUAUCAAAGUAUAAAAUAGAGUGAAUAGAUUCAAAACUACAGCGACUUGGAAAAGCUUUGA